AUGAACAAGUUGACAGGAAGCAUGUUCAAAUCACCGCUGUUGCGAGUUCAUCCGAAAAUCUAUCGAGAAGUUAAGGAACUUUUAUGGAAUCGUGCUGUCUUUGAACUUGGGUGCAUCAAUAAUGCACAUGGUUUCCUCAAAUCUACGAGUUGGGUUUCUCGUAGACUCAUCAGAAACUUCGAAAUACCUUUAGAAUUUGAUUGCCACUUUCGAAUUGCUCUGUCAAACAUGUCCAAAUCAAUCUCAACGAUGAACGCAAUGCUUCUUUUAGAAGAGGAACUGAAUGGCACAUUCUCGUUUGAUCUAUUGCGAUCGCUCGGUAGUGCACGAACUCGGUCAUGCAAAAUGAUUAUAAGAAUACUAUAUUUCGAAAGUUACAUAGAACUUUUCAAUCUUGCCUGGCGCACAAUAAUCAAUUCUCCGAAUGCGAAUAUUUCUAAAGAGCAGAUUAUUCAAAACUACAAAGAUUUGUUUGGGGAAUUGAACCAGGCUUGGGGUGGAACACUUUGUCUUGCAGAUACGUUGGUUUGGGAGAAUGGCCGUCAUGUCUACAGAGCUUCUCCAGCAACAGUGGGGAUUCGAAAACCACUCCUCAUUAAGGGAUAA